AUGUCAUCAAAACUCUUAAAACUUUUAACUAUGCUUCUUAUAUUUAAUAUGCCUGUAAUCUCCAAUUAAAAAUGUUUGACUAGAUAAACAAAAAUAAAAUCAAUUAUUAGAGGUAAUUAUCAAAAUGUACUACACUUAUACAAAGGUGCUCUAAUCUCAUCAAGAAUAACAAAUGGUUUUUUAGGAGGUAAUAAUGGAUGCUGUCUUAGAGAUAGUAUUUACACAUUAUCUACAUAUACUUGGAGUCCAACUGGAUAAUCAAUAACAUUAGAUUUAUUACAAAAGUAUGAAUUAAAUACUUUAAAAAUAUGGUUUUGGGAUGGAGAUAAUAGAUUUUACAGAAUUAGAAUUUACAUAAUAUUUGAAAAUUCAGAAACUUAGAUUUAUGAUAAUUUUGCAUAAAGUGUAUUUACAAUUAAAUUUUCUGAUUAAAUGGUUAAAGGUUUUAGGAUACUAAGUGUUGCAGGAAAUACAUACAAUCCUUACUUACAUUUUAUAAAGGUUGAAGCUUAUUAUUAAUUAUAAAUGAAUAUAUGA